UGACUUGGGUCAAAGCUACACAUACAAUUUACAGUCAACAAGAGACGUCAUUCUGGAUGUGGUCCUACCUGUUCAUGUGAUGAGCUCUGUGUUCUAAUGUGAUGAUUAAGAUGAGGGCUGCAAGGAUUAGUCCAGGACACAAGACGAUGUUCGUUUUAUUGGCUUUAAUGGUGACUUUCAAAGGUAAGACGGAUUUAAUUGAAUAUGAUUUUAAAGAUAAGCUUACACAAAUAGCCCCUGGCAGUCUCCCAGACUACGUAAAUUAAAUGAGUGCUUCAAAAUGCCUUGUUCUUGAUGAGUUUAUACUAGGCUACAACGUAAAUUAGGCCGAAUGAUUUGUUCAUGUUUAUCGGAGUGAAUGUUGUCGGUUCGGCCCGCCAGGUAGCCUAAGCAAUGGCGAUCUGAAAAUGGCCUUAAUCCGUUUAAUUUUUGUCUUCACCGAAAAGUUAUAAAAAACGAAUUGUCUGCAUUAUCGACCCAUGCGAUUGGGGGCGUCUACCGUGCGCUCCACACGUGCAUUGGAGAGGUUUUUCAAAUGUCAUCGCAGAACCCCACACUUUAAGCUUGCGGUGAGUCAAGUAUUGUGAAAGUGGCAGAAAGAAGAACUGGCGUUGCGUGUUUACUCUUUGAGGUGCGGAGGGUCAGUCGGAGGAUCCGCCUGUCGUCCCCGUCCGGGUGAAUGCUGAGGCGGGAAGCCUGGUCACUCUCUCGGUGUUGUUCAGCGUGGCGGACGACGCGGUGGUCAAGUGGUCUAUGGACUCCCUGCCGGUGGCCACGUGGACGCUGGGUUCCAACGUUCCCGCGGACGUGGCUGGUGCCCACUCGGACGUGCUCCGGCUGGAGAUGGACGGCUCGCUGUCUCUGGUCGACGUGCCGCUGAACUACAGCCAGAACUACACGGUGGUGUUCACCAAGUCCGGCGUCGCUGACGCCCAGGCCGUGUUCGAACUAAAGGUGUAUGAGAGACCCGUUGGUUAUCCAGAGUGUUCGGUCCACGCCACGGUCAGCAACGACCUGCAGUACCGCUGCCAGUGGCCAGGGGUCGCCCCCAGGCCCAGCCUGGCCUUCCCGAGCGUGAGCAACGGCAGCGUGACGGCCGGGGUCCUCAGCCUGACACUGGCGCCUUCUGAGGGCCUGGACUGGAAGACCAUCGUCUGCCGCGCCCAGCACCCGCUCCUGGAGGCCAGCUGCAACGUCACCGCGCGUCAGCCAGUAGAGUUCCUACCCAGAGUGGGGGCUGCCGUGGACCCGGAUGGAAGGAUCGCCGUCACCAUAGAAUGUUUGAGCGACGCAGUGCCCGACGCCAUGGUUACCUGGCUCAGGGCGGGGCAGGCCGUAAGCAGCAGCAACCAACACCAGAUCAGCGCCAACACCACACAGCUCACCGUGCGACACUUCAACAUCAGCGAAUUCAUCAGAGAAGACUUCAGCUGCAUCUGUUCCAACCCUCUGGGCAACAAGAGCCAGACCACCCGGUUACUAGGUCCCUCUAUCUCAGAUUCAAGUCUCUUACCAAACCAGGAAGGGACGGCCGUCACGUUGACCUGGGAGGUUCCUCCGUUGUCCCUGGUUACGGGAUUUGACGUCCAGAUGAGAGGACCAGCCUUAGACGAGACCCUCCAGAGGUCCGGUGAGUUCCGCUCCAUCCAGGUGAAGCCGGGGUGGGCUCGCAGUGCGGGUGUGCUCCACCUGGACCCAAAGUCCACCUACCACUUCCGGGUCAUCCCCAGUGCUGGGAGAAUGGCCGGGGAGCCCUCCAUGCAGAACCGGAUCGGACCAGGCGACGGUCUGAGUGCCGCGGCCAUCGCUGGGAUAGCAGCGGGCAUCCCCUGUGGCAUCCUGGCCCUCCUCAUCUCCACAGCCCUCAUCUACCUCAGCGUCUCCCACUGUAGGAGGUCAGGACAACCCAGAUAUCCUGUGUCUCGGGCUGUUGAGAAGGCAGUAGCAAGCCAGCCUGAUUCCGCUCUGCCAGACUACAACAAACUCCAUGCUCCAUCUGAACUGUCAUUGGCCGUCCCAAAGUUUGUCCCGCCUCCUCCUGUCAGAACUGCAACAACUGUUUAAAGAAGCAAAACGAUUUUAUAAAUAAUAAUAAUAAUAAUAAUAAUAAUAAUAAUACAUUUUAUUUAUAAUGCACUUUAUAUUCAAGAAUCUCAAAGUGCUUAAAUGUGUGUGUGUGUGUGUGUGUGUGUGUGUGUGUGUGUGUGUGUGUGUGUGUGUGUGUGUGUGUGUGUGUGUGUCUGUGUCUGUGUGAAUUGAAAUUGUCAACAUAUUACCUGCUUAUACUAAUAAUUGUCUAAAGGAUUCAUUUCCUCUGUUCAUCAUUUAAUUUGUUUUACACAUAAGUGCAUUGGACUUGUUGAAGGGAUAAUGUGAUGGAUUUAAUCUCAAUCUGACUUGUUCUAACUUCCUCUUAUCACGAAAUGUUGGCUGCUGCCCAUGCUCUUUAGCCUUCAUAUUUUAAGAACACUAUCUAUUCACAUAAACCUGUUGCUUGAAUAAAUGUUUCCUAUUUCUAUUUUGGUUUUACAUCAUUGAGGUCUCAAAGUUAAACCUAAACUGUUAAGACUUCACUUCUGCUUUUGCUUCUUGUCAAAGCAUCACGUCCCGAUGAUGGAAUAUAACUUGUAUG